UAAAAAAUAAUAUAUAUAUUUUUUAAAUAUAUAUGUUUUAAUUAUACAAUAGUAUUUACUAAAUAAAUUUUCUGUAAAUACAUAGGAUUAAAAAACAAAGCAUAAAUUUAAUAUCAUAUAUAUGUAUCUGCAUAUAAUUACAAUUUCAUUUUGCUUUCUGAAAAUGUUUAGAAAAAUGCUUAUAAUUUACAUCUACAAUAAUUCAAUUAGUAUAAAAAAAAUUUUUUUUUACAUUUUCUAUAUUAUAAUUAAAAAAAUUUCUAAAUUUUUAAAAAAUGAAUAUUUUGAAAUUUUCUAUAAGUUUGUUGAAAAUUUAAAAUUAAAAAAUAUCAAAAAAAUAUUAAAAGUUUAACGUAUAAUGUAUAAUUAUUAUAUUGUUUUAUUAAAUUGUUUUAUAAAAUAUAUGUAAGAAUAUUUGUUACAUAUAAUUAUAUUUUAUAUUUUUAAAUAAAUAUUAUAUUUGAUAUUAUAAUUAAUAUUAUAAAUAACUUUUAAAUAACUUUUAUGAAAUUAAUUAAUUAAAAUAAUAAUUCUAAAUGAAAACGUUAUAUAUUUUUAUUACAUAUAUAUUAUAUAUAUAUAUAUAUAUUACACAAAAAUUAUUAAAUGUUAUAACUUAUUGAACUUUUAAAAUAAAUGUAUUAAUGUUAUUUUACACAAUUAUGAAAAUAAAAUUUCUAUUUCUUUUAUUGAUAUUACAUUCUUACAUAAUGAUAUAAAAAUUAUUAUUUAGAUUUUUUAAUGACUCGUGACUUCUAAAUUGACCUUGAAAUAUUACAUGUACUUUGAAAUUAUCUCAUGCAAUAGUUAUCUCAUAAAGAACGAUGUAAUUCUAUAGUUUUAGGAGUCAGUUCAAUGAUGAACUUAAAAAGAGCAACAGUACCGAUAUUUGUUAAAUCAUUUAAUCGUGCUUUCAUUUAGAUUCGUAUUUAAUAAUCGCAUAUACAGGAACAUUUUAUUAUUGUAUAUGUGAAAUGACUGCAGCGCCGAACUCAAACACUUUUAAAUCGUAAGCUGUUACUACUUGAUUACGAGUUUCUAGCAGAUCAUAGUUUCAGUUCGUGCUACUUUAAUAUUAUUUUUAUAUAUACAUACAUAUAUGUACUUAUAGUAAUAGUUAUGCAAUAAACUUUGUAUCUAAAACCGGCCGGUCAAAUAUGAGUAUAUUAUUAAAUAUUUAAUCUUGAAAAUUGUAUAUGAGUUUCAAUAUUAAAUAACUAACUUAUUUAAUUUCAUGUUCUUUAAUGUCUUAAAAUUUGUAUUUGAUCAUGAUUAUUUUACAUAUAUACUGUAGUUAUGAAUUCGUUUAACUGUCCAGGUAUUGAAUUUGUAAUUGGAGGAUUAGCUGCAGUGGGAGCUGGAUUUUUUACGAAUCCAAUUGAUGUAAUAAAAGUACGAUUACAAUUACAAGGAGAGCUUGAAGCACGCAGUACAUACAAAAAAAUAUAUAAGAAUACUCUACAUGCAGGCUAUUUAAUUGCAAAACAUGAAGGUAUAUGUGCUUUACAAGCCGGCAUUAUACCGGCUCUAUAUUUUCAAGUGGUGCUCAAUGGAAUACGGUUAGUAGUAACUGGUACAGCUGGAUGUAUUGGAGCUGUUCUUGGCAGUCCGUUUUAUAUGAUAAAAACGCAAUUACAAGCACAAUCAGCACAAUCUAUAGCUGUUGGUUAUCAACAUAAUUAUUUGGGCACUUGGUAUGCAUUCAAAACUCUAUGGAAAGAAGGUGGAAUAGUUGCUUUGUAUCGUGGCUGGUAUGCUGGUAUACCACGUAUUUUUAUAGGAUCUGCGACACAAUUAACCACUUUUGAUUUAGCUGCAGAUUGGUUGCGCUCAUCACAAGUAUUUAUAAAUCAACCAAUACUAUUAACUUUUUUUGCUUCUGUAAUUGGUGGAAGUUGUGUAGCAUUCACUAUACAACCAUUUGAUGUUUUAGCAACAAGAUUGUAUAAUCAACGAAUGGAUGUAGAAGGAAAAGGUACAUUGUAUAAUGGACUUUUGGAUGCAUUUGUUAAAAUAAUACGAACAGAAGGAUUGAUUGGUUUAUAUAAAGGAAUUUUUCCUACAUGGAUGAGAAUAGCACCACAUACUGUACUAUGUUUAGUAUUUUAUGAAAAAUUAGAUCAAUUAUAUUAUAAUAUAUUUCAAAAUUAGCACAUAAUUAAAUUUUUUAAAUAUGUAGGAAGAAAAAAUUUUAUAAUUUUUAAACUGUUGUAUAAAGUACAAUAUAAUAUGAAAAAAUAAAUUAAUUUCUUACAUAGGCAGUGAUGAGUUUCACAUUUUAGUGAUACUUAUGUAUAUACUUAAAAACAUUAGCUUAUUUGUUUGGAUAUUUUAUAACAAUAUCCUAGUGUCAAUUAAAUAUAUAUUUUUUUAAUAAUUAAUUCUUUCAUUAAUCUAAAAAAUAUUUUGAUAAUAUUAUCAAAAUAUUAUUUCUGUAAUUAUUUAAACCUGAUAAAAAAAUAGAAUAAAAUCAACAUUGUAUAUUA